GUUUUGAAGGCUAUCGCCUUUCAGGAUAUUAGAAUAAGGCAUUAUGAGAUCAGAAAAGUCGAGCUAGCAGAAGACACUUUUGAAUGGAUGGUCAAGGAUGAAAUGGUGCCUCCUUUAUAUCAGCAUCUCAAGCAAUCCUUCAGAAGCUGGCUUGAAAAAGGAGAAGGAAUCUUUUACAUCAUUGGAAAACCAGGAAGUGGCAAAUCGACAAUGAUGAAUUUUCUUGCCAGUUAUCCAGAGACCAGAUUACAGCUGGAUAAGUAG